AAUAUUAGAAUUCAGUAGCAUAUCUGGUUUCGAAGAGUUAAUUACCUCAAACUUAUUCCACUAAGAGUAGUGUCAUUGCCUAGAAAUGGGAAAACCGAUUUUAUAUGGCUACGAUAUAAGCCCUCCUGUUCGAGCGGUAUUACUGACUGCUAAUGCAAUUGGAUUAGAUUUCGAAUAUCGUGAAGUGAAUAUUAUGGCCGGUGCACAUUUAUCCGAGGAAUAUUUGAAGAAGAACCCCCAGCACACGAUUCCUAUGUUGGAGGAUGAUGGCAAGUGUAUAUGGGACAGUCAUGCGAUCGCUGUGUAUCUGAUUGAAAAAUAUGGAGACGAUAAAUUCCUUUACCCUAAAGAUUUAUACAAGCGGGCUAUUAUCGAUCAAAGAUUGCAUUUCGAUUCGGGGGUGCUAUUUCCAACAUUUCGGCGAAUUGUGGACUCCUUGAGAACAAAAGGGACCAUAGAAGAAGAAGACAGAAAAAGAUUGUUGGAUGCAUUUGAAUUUUUAGAGAAAUUUUUAUCGAAAGAUUUAUAUUUGGGUGGAAACUGUUUAACAGUCGCCGACUUAUGCUGUGUGGCCACCGUUUCUAGCUUAACUAUGAAUAACCCAGUAGAUGCGGCCAAAUUUCCAAAGCUCAAUGAAUGGCUCCAAAGGAUGGCUUUACUACCGUACUAUCAAAAGGCAAACGGAGAGGGACUGGCCAGAGCAGCUGAAUUAUUUAAAAACAUGGCAAGCUCUGCACAAGGCUCUCAAUAGUUUUUCAUAGUGACUUUGUUGGAAAAUAUAUUAUUGUGGAAAAAUU